AUGGCUAUUGUUCUCUAUGAUCUUGCAUCGACUUCUCCUGGUUACUCCAUGUCCACCAAUACAUGGAAAAUCAGAUAUUGUUUGAACUACAAAGGGAUUCCCUUCUCCACAGAAUGGGUUGAAUUCCCUGAUAUUUCAGGUCUAUAUGAGAGACUUGGAGUAACCCCUACAUUGAAACGAUCAGAUGGCACACCACUUUGCACAGUGCCUAUGAUUUACGACUCCACAACAAAGAAAUACGUAUCUGACUCGAUCCGAAUCGCGGAAUAUCUGGAGUCGCAAUACCCUCAAACGCCAUCUGUAUUCCCAAGCAAUACAGGCGGUCUCAUCCAAGCAUUUGCGGAGGCUACAAGAUCGUACCUGACACUACCAGCCAGAGAACUUUUGAUUUGGACUAUCUUUGUCAAAUUGAAUCCUCCCAGUGCGGCAUACUUUCGCAACCAAACUGAAGUCGCUAUUGGAAAGACGAUGGAAGAGUUGGUCCCUGCAGCUGAUAUGAAAGACAAGAUGAAAUCGUUGGAGGAGGUUCUUGCAAAAAUUGAUGGGCUAUACUCAAAAAAUGGAGGGAAAGGCCCGUACAUCAUGGGGGAGAGUGUCUGGUGGAGUGGAAAGUGUGAGAUGGAUGGAGAUAAUGUCCUGGCAUAA